UCACUACUACGUUGUCUGCAAAACCCAAUUCCUUGUCCCUCCUCAUGUUUCCUCAUCAAAAACCUCCAACUCAAUCACAUUGAGACAUACAAAGCCUCUGUUCUGUUCCUACAAUGAAGACUGCUUCUUGGGUUCUGCUUCUUUCCUUAAUCUUCAGCUUUUGCGCAUCUGGGACUUCCUCCAUUGACAACUUUCACCAGGCGUUUCCUAUUGUGGAACCAGAUCCUGGUCAUACAAAACUUCGUCUUUCAAAGGAAGGCCUAGAGGCCAUUGAAAGAAUAACAACUCCCAUUGCGGCUGUUGCAGUUAUUGGGCCGUACCGCUCUGGGAAAUCCUUCUUGCUCAAUCAGCUGCUCUCCCUUUCUUGUUAUGAAGGUUUUGGUGUGGGGCACAUGCGUGACACAAAAACAAAAGGGAUUUGGGUAUGGGGAACCCCGAUAGAAGUGGAUAUUGAUGGUGUAAGAACUUCUGUGUUUUACCUUGAUACCGAAGGAUUUGAAAGUGUGGGAAAGUCAAAUGUAUAUGAUGACAGGAUUUUCGCUCUUGCAACUGUCAUGAGUUCUGUGCUUGUGUAUAACCUGCCUGAGACGAUACGUGAAGCUGACAUCGCGCGGUUGUCAUUUGCUGUAGAGCUUGCUGAAGAAUUUUAUGGCAGAGUGAAGGGCCAAGAUGUUGCUUUUGAACCUGCAAAGCUUUUGUGGCUCAUUCAACGUGACUUUUUACAAGGAAAAUCUGUACAAGAAAUGGUACAUGAAGCUCUCCUUCAUGUUCCUAAUACCGAUGGGAACAAAAAUAUUGAUAUGGUUAACCAGAUCCGGGAUUCUUUAGCUAUCAUGGGUGAUAAUAGCACAGCGUUUAGCUUACCACAACCCCACCUUCAACGAACGAAACUCUGUGACAUGAAGGAUGGUGAGCUCGACCCAGCAUAUGUCACGAAAAGGGACCAACUAAAACAGCUUGUUUCUAGUAUCAUCCGUCCAAAGAUCGUGCAAGGAAGGACUCUAAAUGGCAAGGAGUUUGUAUUGUUUUUGGAGCAGAUCCUUGAAGCCCUGAACAAAGGGGAGAUCCCAUCAACAGGUUCUCUGGUGGAGGUUUUCAACAAAGGGAUUCUUGAGCGAUGCCUAAAGCUGUACAGUGAAAGGAUGAAAAAGGUGCAUUUACCUAUCUUAGAGCAAUCUCUUGUAGAAUACCAUGAAAGCUCUAUGGCAGAAGCAAUGAAGCUUUUUGAAGAGCAGCAUUUUGGCCGUUACCAUGCAAAGAAAUCAGUAGUGCAACUAGAAGAAGAAAUAGACAAGUUGUACAGGAAUAUCAUAAUGGCCAAUGAAUAUCAAUCUUCAAAGCUCUGUGAGGGAUUGUAUACCAGUUGUGAGGACAAAAUGGACCAUCUUCAGGUUCUCAGGCUUCCUUCGAUGGCAAAAUUCAAUGCAGGUUUUCUACAAUGCAACCAAAGUUUUGAGCAUCAAUGUGUUGGACCUGCAAAAACAAAUUACGAGCAACGGAUGAAUAAGAUGUUGGGAAAGUCACGCUCCCUUUUUAUAAAAGAAUAUAACCACAGGCUCUUCAAUUGGUUGGUGGCCUUCUCCCUUGUCAUGGUCGUGGUGGGCAGGUUUAUCAUAAAGUUUAUUUUGAUUGAAAUUGGGGCGUGGAUUCUCUUCAUCUUCUUAGAGACGUACACGAGGAUGUUCUGGUCAGCAGAGUCUCUUUAUUACAACCCAGUUUGGCAUGUAAUAGUAGCAACUUGGGAAACACUUGUUUACAGCCCCGUCCUUGAUCUAGACAGAUGGGCUAUUCCAGUUGUUGUAUUAGUAGCUGUAUUUAUAUUGUAUUGGCGGUGUUACGGGAAAAGAAAACAUGGCUCUGGAUGGCUACUACCCAUGUACAAUAAUCAGAAAGGUGGCUCUAAUCGGGCAAGAUCAGAUUAAAGAUAAAAGUGAUGGGAUGGUUUAGUGGCCUUGAUAUAUACCUGUGUUGGAAUCAUAGACUUGGGUGAGCUUUUGCAAUAUUGUACACAAAGCUGCCCAGUCUCAAGAUCUCAAGUCGCCCUAAUCAAGGAGAGGUGAAGCAUCAUAUCGGAAUAUCCGGUGAUAUGGGGCUGCUCGUAUAGUCUAACUGUAACAAUUCCAAAUUAUUUGUAUUUCUAUUCAUUUUUUAAUCAAUCAUCCAGCGACUUAAUAUUGGUGUUGUAUCACUUAAAAAUGGUUCAUGAAGGAAAAAGAGAAUGGAAAAGAGAAACACGAUCAUUUCUGAGUUCUGUGUGGUGUGAUUGAUGAUGUGUCAGCUUCACUUAAAACUUGAGUAGCAACUGAUCAGUGGAUAAUGGAGAUUGUAGUGUUUCUCCUGAACA